UGUUUGGAACCAUCCAGAAAUCAAGGUAUUCAAAAUUAGACCGAAGUAUUCAAGAAAACGUUCGAUCAUGGAAGAUGCACCUAGCUCCUCAGUGUUGUACUUUCACCCAAAUAAAUCUACUGAAAAUUUCGCACGACUCUGUCAGUUCCUUAUGACAAUCUGUUGUGACGUGAUGAGAGAAAUUCUCAGCCAUUAUAUAGAGCCAGCCAAUCUCAGAACAGAAUUGGACCAGAAAAGAUCAAAAAUGGAAAAAAUAGCAAAUAAACAGGAGAAAGAUUUACUUUAUCCUCCACAUUCAUCUACCAGUAGCGUUCCCCCAAUAAGAUCCAGAGAUCUUGAUAUAUCAAUGCUCUACAAGAUUUUGCGCAAUUUAUGCAGUAUUCCGAAACAUAAAGCUGGUUGGGGAAAAAAACCUCGUCCAUCUGAUUUUUCCUUGGCUGCAUGCAUAGAAAGGAUCCGCAUUUCACGAAAUUCCAUCUCUGGACACUCUACCAAUGGUAUGGUUGAUGACAAAGAAUUCGAGAAUUACUGGAGAGAGUUAAGGACGUCGGUUGUGGAGAUUGAGAAGGAAGUCACUGGUAAUGAUAGAUAUGAAAGAGAAAUAGACCACUUAUAUGACUGUGAUUUGAACCCGACCAAAUCCAAGGAAUAUCUGUCGCAAAUUCAGAGAAACACGGGGGAAUUAAAAAUCAAGCGAGAGAGAAUGGAUCUAGUUGAAGGUAAAGAAAGUUUUCAUGUGCUCUAA